GAUCAGCCGAAAGUAGUAGUAGUUUCGUUUCUUCCAAAGUAAACUCGCUGUUUUCGUCGCUGUUUUCGUCACUGCUCGUGAGUGAGUCAGGCACCAAAGGGGGCAGCUGGACCUGUGCAGCGAUGGCGUCCGGCGUUUCUACAUUCGUUGUUAAAAUGCUGUGCGAAAACCAAGGCUGUUUGGACUUCGCGAGUCUUAACGAGAGACUCGGACAACGUUUUACAGUGCACGAAUCGGUCCUACGCGAUGUACUUCACGACGACAGCCGCUUUGCCGUCCGAUAUGGCCCAGAGAGGGCCCUAGGUAGUAGUAGCCUGAUGAGUCCAGAUAGUCUCUUAGUAGCGAAGACGUCGCUGAGACUCUGCCAGAGACGCCGCGGUGAGUGUGCGCACUGUGACCGCUUGCACUUGUGCCGGUAUCUGGUAUGCGGUUAUUGCAAAUUCGGAAUAAAAUGCAAAAAUUACCAUGAUUUGGCUUCCCCAUACAACAUGGCCCUCUUGACACAACUCGGUCUUCAAGACCUUACAGAGAAACAGCUGUUCCAGUUGUUACUACAGAAUGAUUCCUACUUGCUUCCAGAGAUAUGCCCACAUUACAACAAGGGCAACGGUGAGCAUGGUUCGUGCAAGUUCGCAUCCUCCUGCACAAACCUUCACCUCUGCCAGCACUUUGUCCUUGGUGACUGUAGAUUUGGGUCUUCAUGCAAGAGGGCCCAUACAAAGGAUGCUGAUGCUAUGAGGAUCUUCAAUGGCCGAGGAUUCAGCCCUGAGAAUGUCCAAAUAUUUGACAAGAUCUACAAGAACAAGUCCAUCAUCCUUGGUGUAAAGACGACACCGGCUUCUUCUGCUGUUGCUGUGGUGAGAGACAGCACUCGAAAUCCUGCUGCCAGUUCCAGGAGACCAACCACUAGUUCUGCAGGUUCUGCCUGUCCCAUCACUGAUCCAGCAAGAAAUGAAAUCUGCCUCUACUUCAUUCGUGGACACUGUAGCUUCAAGGAGAGGUGUGUCCGUGUCCACUUUAACCUGCCUUACAAGUGGCAGGUUAUGGAACGCGAUGGCGUGAGCUGGAAAGACUUGCCUAAUAUGGAGGAAAUUGAGAAAGCCUACUGUGACCCCAAACAAAAUACAAGCUACAUCACAAACACACCAGUUCUUUCACAGUUCCUCGCCCUACGGUCUUCCAAAACCAGUGCUGCAUCGGAGUCAAUCAAUUUCCUGACGAUGACAUAUGGAGGUUAUCCGGUCCGUCGCCUGUCCACUGCUUCCUCUGUCGCUAAACCCCUCCACUUCAUCCUCACCACCGAGUGGCUGUGGUACUGGAAGGAUGACAGUAACAUGUGGGUGGAGUACAGCCUUGAGGGUAACAAUGAUGGGCUGCCCUCCAUCACGUCUCAAACUCUGGAGAAGGUUUACCUUGAAGAAAGGAAGACUGAAUUUCCUUUCACUGCUGACAAACAACAGUACAUUCUGUAUAUCAAAGAGAUGUACCAACAGAACACGCGUUUCAAAACGAAAAGGGAGGUCAGGAGAAGGCCCCGUUUUGUCUCGGCUCAGGAGGUGGAACUCAGGCUGAAAAGACGCGGUAGUGUGUCGUCAGAUGGCUCCUCAGCCGCUGAAGUUGUUCCACCCAACUGGGACAAGAAUUUCUUGCCUAGUUUUUCAUACAAGCUGGUCCCGCUCACUGUGUCCAUGAGCGAGUACAAGAUGGUUGAGAAGUUGUUCAAGAACACAAUGCAACAAAGUGUAAUCCACAGCAUCAAGAGGAUACAGAACCCCUCUCUCUGGAAAGUCUUUCAAUGGCAGAAGGAGCAGAUGAGGGAGAGAAAUGGAGGAAAACCUGUGGAUGAGCGAUACUUGUUCCACGGCACAGCUGAGUCACUGAUCGAUGCAAUCUGCGAGCAAAACUUUGACUGGAGGAUCUGUGGUGUCAAUGGCACGUCUUAUGGCAGAGGGAGUUACUUCGCCAGAGAUGCCGUCUACUCGGACGGUUACAUCAGAGCUGCGAGCCCCAACUACAAGAUGAUUGUUGCUUUGGUCUUGGUGGGUGAUUACACCACCGGAUGCAGCAGUUACGUCCAGCCCCCCGCCAAAGGCACCAACAAAGGGUUAUACGACAGUUGUGUCAACUCUGCAAGUAACCCCAGCGUCUUUGUCAUCUUUGAGAAAUUCCAGGUUUAUCCAUACUACAUAAUUGAAUACCAAAGAAAUCUGAAAGUUAAAACAAAACGUUGAAGCUUACCUGAGCGGUUUUGUUCCUUUCCUACGGGGUGCAGCUGAUCUACUGUGACACUUUGCAAAACGAAUGUCAGUCUGGUAGAGCUUUAUUGUUGUUUUUAAUCGAUACAUUUCUAUGGAAAUAAGAUGACUAAAACUAACAAUGUUAUGCCAUUACUACUGUAUUUUCUCGUUACUAUGAAAGAUGCAUCCUAGUGACUUGCCUAGAUAUUUGUGAGCAAGUACUUAUAUAAAACCCAUUUAUCAUGGGCGGCACGGUGGCCCAGUGGUUAGCACUGUUGCCUCACAGCAAGAAGGUCCUGGGCUCGAACCCCAGGCCGUCCCAGGUCCUCUCUGUGUGGAGUUUGCGUGUUCUCCCCGUGUCUGCGUGGGUUUCCUCUGGGUGCUCCGUUUUCCUCCCACCAUCAAAAAGACAUGCACGUUAGGGUUAAUACUGCUGCCUGUGUCCCUGAGGAAGGCAGUGGACAGAACAACUGGAGUUGGUCCCCGGGCACUGCAGCUGCCCACUGCUCCUAUACAAUAUGAUGGGUUAAAUGCAGAAGACAAAAUUAAGUGGCUUUCUUCUUCUUUCAUUGCCUAAUUGUAAAUCCAGUGGUGUGAUUAGGUUUUUUAUAACGUCUGCGUUGUAAUACAUAGUUAUUCGAAACAGACCUGUACUUAUGGAAAUGGUCGUCUUCUUUUUUGCCUAAAAACAUCAGGCAAAGGGACGGCUGAUGGCAACUAGCCUAUUAGCUAACUCAGGUACAUUUACAUUUGUUUCGAAUGUUGAUUAAUGUAUAUCAUCGCUUCCCAAAUAAUCAUUUUAAAAUAAACUUUUCAUCAUAAAGUUGACACUUGGAGGAUGUGAUUAUCUCUUUUAAUAAAACCAUUUUGACAUAAGUGGUCUCAUUUG